AUUUUACUGACGUUUCACAGAUAACUUCAGAAUGAAGGUGACGAUCAACACCGCUGUAGUGGCUGACGACAAUGGAAGGAAGCAUUUCCACGCCAAGGGCUACCAAUAUACCAUCGACCACGGACAGGCCUCGUUCAACAUGACGAAUCUCUUCAAAGGCAAUCCAGAAUUGAGCAACACGGUGUUGACAUUCAUCAACGAGAACUGGCGACUGAUAGCCGACGAGUUCGGCAAGCCGAUCACAGACUUCGCGACGGAGACCGUCGUGAGAUCCAUUGAGAAGUUCUUCCUCGCCGUCCCGAUUGAGGAGCUCGUCGAGGGGCCUGUAACAUUAUAUGAUUAAACAGUGAAUAAAA